CGCGUCCCAGAGCGAGAGCGGGGUUUGGGCCUGGGCUGCGGGACCCUGAGCCCGUGGCGCUUCCGCAGGCUUGCGGCGGGCGUUUGUCCCGGAGGCCUGCGACCCAGCCCCGUGGGAACCAUGGAUUCGCAGGGGCUGAAGACUUUGAUUAAUUACUAUUGUCAAGAGAAAUAUUUCCAUCAUGUGUUACUUAUUGCCAGUGAAGGAGUUAAGAGGUAUGGCAAUGACCCGGUGUUCAGGUUUUAUCACGCCUAUGGUACAUUAAUGGAAGGUAAAACUCAAGAAGCUCUUCGUGAAUUUGAGGCGAUUAAAAAUAAACAAGAUGUAUCACUUUGUUCUCUAAUUGCACUGAUAUAUGCCCAUAAAAUGAGUCCUAAUCCAGAUAGAGAAGCUAUUCUGGAGUCAGAUGCCAGAGUGAAGGAGCAACGUAAAGGAGCUGGGCCAAAAGCUUUGUACCACGCAGGCUUAUUUCUAUGGCACAUCGGCCGCCACGAUAAGGCGAGAGAAUAUAUUGACAGAAUGAUCAAAAUGUCAAAUGGCAGUAAAGAGGGACAGGUUUUGAAAGCAUGGCUUGAUAUCACAAGAGGAAAAGAACCUUAUACUAAAAAAGCACUGAGAUAUUUUGAAGAGGGAUUACAAGAUGGAAAUGAUAUUUUUGCUCUGUUGGGUAAGGCACAAUGCCUUGAGAUGCGCCAGAAUUAUUCAGGUGCUCUGGAUACUGUGAACCAGAUAAUAGUAAACUUUCCAAGUUUCCUUCCUGCUUUUGUAAAGAAAAUGAAACUACAACUUGCCUUACAGGAUUGGGACCAGACUGUUGAAACAGCACAGAGGUUAAUGCUUCAAGAUAGUCAAAAUGUGGAAGCGCUAAGAAUCCUGGCUCUUUACUAUUUGUGUAGGGAGGGGGACAUAGAGAAGGCUGCCACCAAGCUGGAAAACUUAGAGAAUGCAUUGGAUGCCAUGGAACCCCAGAAUGCCCAACUUUUUUAUAAGAUCACAGUAGCCUUCAGCAGAACUUGUGGGCGAAGUCACUCAUUCUUCAAAGAAUUCAGGACAUUGCUAGAAAAAGCUUUUAGUUUAACCCCUCAGCAAUCAGAAUUUGCUACAGAACUUGGAUACCAGAUGAUUUUACAAGGAAAUGUUAAAGAGGCACUGAAGUGGUAUAAGACCGCCAUGACACUUGAUGAAACUAGCGUCCCUGCACUAAUUGGAUUUAUCCGAUGUCAGUUAAUUGAAGGGCAGUUACAGGAUGCAGACCAGCAGCUAGAAUUCCUUAGGGAAAUUCAGCAGUCUAUUGGAAAAUCUGCGGAAUUAAUCUAUUUACAUGCAGUUCUUGCUAUGAAGAAAAAUAAACGACAAGAAGAAGUUUUUAAUUUGUUAAAUGAUGUUCUGGACACUCAUUUUUCACAAUUAGAAGAUUUACCACUUGGCAUACAGUAUUUUGAGAACUUAAAUCCUGAUUUCUUGCUAGAAAUUAUUACAGACUAUCUGAAUUUUUGUCCAAUGCAGCCUGCAAGUCCUGGGCAACCUCUUUCUCCACUUCUCAGACGUUGUACCUCAAUCCUGGAGACUAUAGUAAGAACUGUACCAGGCCUUCUGCAAGCUGUCUUCCUAAUAGCAAAAGUGAAAUAUUUAUCAGGUGACAUUGAAGCAGCUUAUAAUAACCUGCAGCAUUGCCUAGAACACAGCCCUUCUUACGCAGAUGCUCAUCUCCUGAUGGCCCAGGUUUAUUUGUCUCAGGAAAAAUUCAAAUUGUGUUCUCAGUCACUUGAACUUUGUCUGAGCUAUAAUUUUAAAGUGAGAGAAUACCCUUUAUACCAUUUGAUAAAAGCUCAGUCUCAAAAGAAAAUGGGAGAAAUAGCAGAAGCUAUUAAAACUCUACAUAUGGCAAUGAGUUUACCAGGAAUGAGGAGAAUUGGAGCUUCCUCAAAAUCAAAAUACAAAAAAACUGAAGUCGAUGCAAACCAUCGUUUAUCAAUCUUUCUUGAGUUGGUAGAGGUUCACCGCUUAAAUGGAGAACAGGUAAGCAGCAAAGUUUUACAAGAUGCCAUUCAUGAAUUUUCUGGGACAUCUGAAGAAUUACGUGUUACCAUUGCUAACGCAGACCUAGCCCUGGCCCAAGGAGAUGUGGAGCGGGCUUUAAGUAUGCUUCGAAAUGUCACAGCUGAGCCCUAUUUCAUAGAGGUCAAGGAGAAAAUGGCAGAUAUUUAUCUGAAGCACAGAAAGAAAAUGUUAUAUAUUACUUGUUAUAGAGAAAUUGCUGAGAGAAUGCCCAGUCCUCGUUCUUUUCUUCUCCUUGGUGAUGCUUACAUGAAUAUACAGGAGCCUGAAGAAGCCAUUGUAGCUUAUGAGCAAGCGUUAAAUCAGAAUCCCAAAGAUGGAACACUGGCAAGCAAAAUUGGGAAAGCACUUGUCAAAACUCACAACUAUUCGAAGGCAAUCACUUACUAUGAAGCCGCUCUGAAAAGUGGACAACAAAAUUAUCUUUGCUAUGACCUGGCUGAGCUUUUAUUAAAAUUGAAAUGGUAUGACAAAGCAGAAAAAGUUCUUCAACAUGCUCUAGCUCAUGAACCAGUAAAUGAAUUGUCUGCUCUCAUGGAAGAUGGACGUUCUCAUGUUCUUCUAGCAAAAGUUUAUAGUAAAAUGGAAAGACCUGGUGAUGCAAUCACUUCAUUACAACAGGCUCGAGAAUUACAAGCUAGGGUACUAAAACGUGUUCAGAUGGAACAGCCAGACGCAGCUCCCGCACAGAAACACUUAGCGGCUGAAAUUUGUGCAGGGAUUGCAAAACAUUCUGUUGCUCAGCGAGACUAUGAAAAAGCAAUUAAGUUUUAUAGAGAGGCUCUUGUUCAUUGUGAAACAGAUAAUAAGAUAAUGUUGGAGCUGGCACGAUUAUACCUGAUACAGGAUGACCCUGAGGCCUGCCUACGGCACUGUGCUCUCCUCCUCCAGAGUGACCAGGACAAUGAGGCCGCCACCAUGAUGAUGGCAGAUCUCAUGUUCAGAAAACAGGACUAUGAACAAGCAGUGUUUCAUUUACAGCAGCUUUUAGAACGCAAACCAGAUAAUUAUAUGACAUUAUCUCGUUUAAUUGAUUUCUUGAGAAGAUGUGGAAAACUUGAGGAUGUUCCAAGAUUUUUCUUAAUGGCUGAAAAACGUAACUCCAGAGCAAAAUUGGAGCCAGGAUUUCAAUACUGUAAAGGACUCUAUCUUUGGUAUACUGGAGAACCAAAUGAUGCUCUUCGACAUUUUAAUAAAGCUCGGAAAGACAGUGACUGGGGCCAAAAUGCCCUCUAUAACAUGAUAGAAAUCUGUCUGAAUCCAGAUAAUGAAACUGUUGGAGGCGAAGUAUUUGAAAAUCUGGAUGCAGACCUGGGUAAUUCAACUGAGAAGCAAGAGUCUGUGCAGUUAGCAGUGAGAACAGCAGAAAAACUCCUAAAAGAACUAAAACCUCAGACCAUUCAGGGUCACGUCCAGCUUCGCAUCAUGGAAAACUAUUGCCUGGUCGCUACCAAACAGAAGUCUAAUGUUGAGCAAGCCUUGAAUACCUUCACCGAAAUAGCAACAUCUGAGAAGGAUCAUAUUCCAGCACUUCUGGGAAUGGCAACAGCUUAUAUGAUCUUGAAACAGACUCCACGAGCCAGAAACCAGCUGAAGCGGAUUGCAAAAAUGAACUGGAAUCCUAUUGAUGCUGAGGACUUUGAGAAGAGUUGGCUGCUGCUUGCUGAUAUUUAUAUUCAAUCAGCAAAAUACGACAUGGCAGAAGAGCUGCUCAAACGGUGCCUGCGUCAUAAUAGGUCUUGCUGCAAAGCUUAUGAAUAUAUGGGGUACAUUAUGGAAAAGGAGCAAGCAUAUACAGAUGCAGCCUUAAACUAUGAGAUGGCGUGGAAACAUGGCAAUCAGACAAAUCCAGCAGUCGGAUACAAACUGGCAUUUAAUUACUUAAAAGCAAAAAGAUAUGUGGAUGCCAUUGACGUGUGUCACCAGGUUCUUGAAGCACAUCCAACUUAUCCAAAAAUCAGGAAGGAUAUACUUGAUAAGGCCCGUACAUCUUUGAGGCCUUGAAAAGUAUUCUAAUUUCAUUUGUUGGUUAUGCAAGAAAUGAAAGGAAUAAGUUCUUAUAGUUCAGAAUAGAUUUGAGCUAAAACUUUGUAACAGAAGCAUACUUUUCUUUCUCCAGCAGAGGCUGCUAUUGUAUAUAGAGAGAAAUGCUAAGUCAAAUGGUUGGGUUUCCGAUGGAGAAAGGCAGUGGGAGCUGGUUUAUCUGAUUGUCUUGAUUCGGAACAUAUUUGGUGUCUCAGUGGUACAGAUUAUAACCCAUUUCUAUAAAGAAUCUUUUGUUAAAUAUGAGGUAAUUAAAUAUCCUAUAUCUUUUCUAAGGAAUAUUAAGUUGUUCAUUUCAGGAAAUAUAUUUAAUAUGCUGUUGUUCUUUGUUAAAUUUGUUUUGUAACAUUCCCUGUUGUUUCAAAGGAUUGAGAAAAUUUUCUUGUAAAUAAUUUAUGAAAAGAAAAAGUAUAUUUUAAUAAAAAGUUUAUAAAUUUAUGGUUUGUAUUGUUCUUAGAACUCAAAAGACAUGGUAAGUUUUGCAAAUACAGGGUAAGCCCCCUAAACAAUUUGCACUGUUAAUGAGUACUUGGAAUAUGUGACAUUCCUAGAAAAAUCUUUUUGGAAAAAUGUAAAGAAUGUGAGCUUCCAUUCCCUUUGUUGAACUCAUUCUUUCUGCUUUCAGUGCCAGUGUGAUCUUAAGAAAUAAUCUGGAUGUGAAAUCUGUUAGAAUAGGUAAACUCUUGUAGCAAUAAUUCACCUUAGCCUGAAGACUAGUUAUCUUGAUGUCACUUCAGAUACUGUAAUAUCUGGCAGGGAAUGGUGACAGAAUAGUUCUGGUCAGCAGGGACCCACCAGGCAUACCCUGUGAAAGCAGCUGCCUCCCUUACCAUGCCUACCACCCUCUGGCUUAGCGGUUCUCAGCCUUUUGGGUUAAAAUUAACCUAAUCUUAAUUAACUCAAGUUUUAGCAUUAUUUCAGACUUGUUGUAUACAUCUUUUCCCAUUGUCUUUAAAAAUACCAUAAACAGGGUCUACUGUUUCAUUUACAUUUCCAAUAAAUAGAGUAUUUUUAAGUUG